GUGACGUAGCGACCCUCCAUAGGAAGCGCUGAGAUGCGGAAGGGAAAAAAACAAAACGAAUAACUAGACUGACCGUCGCUCACAGUUAGCCACAGAAAACAAACACUGCGGACUCGGUGUGUCUGCGGGGAGCUUCUACUGGUCUGGAGGACAUUAUUAACCAAGAGAAAAGAAAGUUAAGAUGGAGUUCUUGUUUGGGCGGAGGAAAACUCCAGAGGAGAUGCUGAGACAGAACCAGAGAGCACUCAACAGAGCCAUGAGAGAUCUAGACAGAGAGCGCCAGAAGCUGGAACAACAGGAAAAGAAAAUCAUAGCUGACAUCAAGAAAAUGGCCAAACAAGGACAGAUGGAUGCUGUUAAGAUUAUGGCAAAGGACUUGGUUCGCACCAGGCGAUACGUUAAAAAGUUCAUCAUGAUGAGAGCCAAUAUCCAAGCAGUCAGUCUCAAAAUCCAAACCCUUAAGUCAAACAACAGCAUGGCACAGGCCAUGAAGGGAGUCACUAAAGCCAUGGCCACAAUGAACAGACAGUUGAAGUUGCCACAGAUUCAGAAGAUCAUGAUGGAGUUUGAGCGCCAGAGUGAAAUUAUGGAAAUGAAGGAGGAGAUGAUGAAUGAUGCUAUUGAUGAUGCAAUGGGAGAUGAGGAUGAUGAAGAAGAAAGUGAUGCUGUGGUUUCCCAAGUGCUGGAUGAGCUGGGCCUGAAUCUUUCAGAUGAACUGUCAAGUUUGCCAUCAACUGGCGGAAGUCUUUCAGUUGCUGCUGGGAAGAAAGCGGAGCCGCAGCCGACUCUGGCAGAUGCAGAUGCUGACCUUGAGGAAAGACUGAAUAACCUCAGAAGAGACUGAAGCAGACAGGACUUUUGUUAAGGCUUUAGUUCAGAAAUGUGUGUAUGAAGCUUUCUAACACCUUACUGAAAUGCUGCGUGAUUAAAACAGUGGAUGGUCGAACACUGCACAAUUGGAAUGCAGUGUGUUUCUGGCAUAAGGCACUCUUGUAUGAAUGUUUCUGUUUUUUGUUUUUCUUUCUUUCUUUUUCUAUUUGACGUGCCAUUCAAUGUCAUUCUACCAAACAAACGCUCCAAUCAAAGAUGUGGUUUUCAGGUCAUUUGUGCCACACAUCAUAUUUUAUUAGGGAAAGUUUUCCUGGGGGGAAAGUCUAAAGCACUGCAGGUACCUUAAUGGAAAUUGCUGAGAGGAAUAAACACUAAAUAGGACUUUAAUUAAAGGGGCAUAUGGUCUGCUAUCUAGUCAAAUAAAUGUUGAUAAGACUGAUAUUUUAUAUGAGUAGUUACAGUUUUACAUGUCUCAUUAGUACUGUUGUGGUCUUAUUCCAGAAUUGUAAAGCAUGGUGGUUUAUAUAUUUUAUCACAAUGCUUCAAACUUAUGAUCAUAAAAAUGCUUUUCUCAGUC